GGCAGCCCCCACCCCCCGCGCUCCCCUCCUCCCCCUUUAUUACCCUUUGUGUGCGUCUCCGCCUGCGCCGCUCCGGGGCCGGCCGGGCGCCGGGGGGCCGCUGAGAUCCUUGUUGACGAUGGUGGUCAUUGGAUGCAUAAAUAUUGAAGUAUAUAUCAUUUACAGACAAGAUCUUUGAAAUCUGUUUCCUUCACACAGCAAAGGAAGAAGAGGCUUUAUCACAAGAAAACGGGCAAAGAAACGUAAAGACUUGAAGAAACAGCACUUCUCUAAUUCUUUCCAAAAGUUCAGAGACCCACCAAAACCUGGUGGAUUACCUCCACCAGUCUUCCUGAUUUCAGAUGUAACGUGGGGUGCAGGAGUUCCUCAGAUGAGGGGUGUAGUAAGUCAAGGAGCCAGCCUCAAUGGACAUAGCCCAUUAUCGAGAUCUAAACAGGAGACUAUCUAAAGGAAAGCUGAAAGCGCAUCAAGAAUUUUAAGAAGCCUGAAGAUCCCCAAGGUAACUAGAAGCAAGACCAUGAGGAGUAAUGUAGCUUGGAAUGAACAAGAUGAACAUAUCCACCUUCGAUCUAAUGCUUAAUGAGGAAAAAGGCUGUUUCAUUGGAGCCAGGGAGUCAUGAAAGAAACUCAAGAAGACAACUUGGAUAAUGAACGGAAGAUAAAAAGAAAACAAAAAGAAUGUGGCAUAUAAAGGGUAUAAUACCUGGAGACUCAUAAACAGAAACAGAAAAAUGAAUGGUGGAAAGGAGUGUGACGGAGGGGACACGGAUGGAGGGCCACCAGCAGUGCAAGUUCCCGUUGGUUGGCAGCGACGGGUGGACCAAAGUGGAGUGCUCUAUAUCAGUCCCAGUGGGUCUUUAUUAUCCUGCUUGGAGCAGGUGAAGACUUACUUGCUGACUGAUGGAACAUGCAAGUGUGGCCUAGAAUGUCCUCUUGUUCUUCCCAAGGUCUUUAAUUUUGAUCCUGGAGCUGCUGUGAAGCAGAGAACUGCUGAAGAUGUUAAAGCGGACGAAGAUGUCACCAAACUAUGCAUACAUAAAAGGAAAAUUAUUGCUGUGGCUACACUUCAUAAAAGCAUGGAAGCACCACAUCCUUCACUAGUUCUAACUAGUCCUGGUGGUGGAACAAGUGCAACUCCAGUAGUUCCUACUCGAGCAGCAACUCCAAGAUCAAUGAGGAAUAAAUCACAUGAAGGAAUCACAAAUUCUGUGAUGCCAGAAUGUAAGACUCCUUUCAAGUUGAUGAUAGGGGCAUCUAAUGCCAUGGGUAGGCUUUACGUGCAAGAAAUGGCUGGAAGCCAGCAACAAGAACUUCAUUCUGUCUAUCCUAGGCAGAGAUUGGGUAGUAAUGAACUUGGACAGAAGUCUCCGUAUCGUGGCAGUCAUGGUGGGAUGCCCAGUCCAGCUUCAUCAGGAUCACAGAUAUAUGGAGAUGGCUCAAUCUCUCCUAGGACUGACCCACUUGGAAGCCCUGAUGUUUUCACAAGGAACAAUCCCAGUUUUCAUGGAGCACCCAACUCCAGUCCUAUUCACAUGAACAGGACACCUCUAUCUCCACCAUCAGUAAUGCUACAUGGUUCUCCCAUACAGUCAUCCUGUGCAAUGGCUGGAAGGACUAAUAUACCUCUUUCCCCAACCUUGACCACAAAAAGCCCAGUAAUGAAAAAACCCAUGUGUAAUUUUUCAACUGGUAUGGAAAUACCACGAGCAAUGUUUCACCAUAAACCGCCCCAAGGUCCACCCCCACCUCCUCCACCGCCUUCUUGUGCUCUUCAGAAAAAGCCAUUAACAUCAGAAAAGGAUCCACUUGGCAUACUUGACCCUAUUCCUAGCAAACCAGUGAAUCAGAAUCCUGUUAUCAUUAACCCAACUACUUUCCAUUCAAAUGUCCACUCUCAGGUACCCGUGAUGAAUGUAAGCAUGCCUCCUGCUGUCGUCCCUUUGCCAAGUAAUCUUCCUUUGCCAACUGUAAAACCUGGUCACAUGAACCAUGGAAGUCAUGUUCAAAGAGUUCAGCAUUCUGCUUCAACUUCCCUCUCUCCUUCGCCAGUGACAUCCCCAGUUCAUAUGAUGGGAUCCGGGAUUGGAAGGAUCGAGGCUUCUCCCCAAAGAUCACGUUCUUCUUCCACGUCAUCAGAUCAUGGAAAUUUCCUGCUGCCUCCAGUAGGACCACAGUCAUCCUGUAGUGGUAUUAAAGUUCCUCCCAGGUCCCCAAGGUCAACAAUAGGGUCACCGAGACCAUCUAUGCCAUCUAGCCCUUCCACCAAGCAUGAUGGACUUAAUCAAUACAAGGACAUCCCUAACCCAUUAAUUGCUGGAAUGAGUAAUGUAUUAAAUCCUCCAAACAAUGCAGUUUUUUCUACUGCAUCGGCUGGAAGUGGUUCCUUGAAGAGUCAGCCUGGUUUGCUGGGAAUGCCUUUAAAUCAGAUCUUGAACCAGCACAAUGCUGCCUCUUUUCCAGCAAGUAGUUUACUCUCAGCAGCAGCCAAAGCACAGCUAGCAAAUCAAAAUAAACUUGCUGGUAACAACAAUAACAGCAGUAGCAAUUCUGGACCUGUUGCCAGCGGUGGCAACAACGAAGGACAUAGCACUUUAAAUACCAUGUUCCCUCCUGCUGCCAAUGUGCUUCUACCAACGACUGAAGGGCAAAGUGGCCGAGCAGCACUGAGAGAUAAAUUGAUGUCUCAGCAAAAAGAUCCUCUGAGAAAAAGAAAGCAGCCGACCACCACGGUGUUGAGUUUGCUGAGACAGUCUCAGUUGGACAGUUCUGGAGUUUCCAAAGCUGGAUCUGAUUUGAUAAGAAAGCAAAGUCAAAGCUCCUUUCCCAUCAGUUCUAUGUCCCAGCUACUUCAGUCCAUGAGUUGUCAAAGCUCUCACAUGAGCAGCAAUAGUACCACCAGUUGUGGGAGCUCAAAUACUGCUUUACCUUGCUCUGGUAACCAGAUGCAUUUUGCAGACACCAGUAUGAACUCUGGCAGUCUCCAGAACUCGCUGGCACAGAGUUUACCCUUGCGAGGGGAGGGUGUGCACUGCCAGAACACAAACACUAACUUUGUCCACGGUACUAGCCCGGGCACAACCAACCAUCUUGCAGGUUUAAUAAAUCAGAUGCAGGCUAGCGGGAACUGUGGGAUGCUCAGUCAGUCAGGAAUGGCUUUAGGAAAUUCAUUACAUCCGAACCCACCUCAGUCGAGAAUCCAGGCAUCCUCCACGCCAGUGAUACCAAACAGCAUUGUUAGCAGCUGUAAUCAAACAAGUCCUGAAGCAGGGGGUUCAGGACCAUCAUCAUCAAUAGCCAUAGCUGGCACCAGCCAACCUGCCAUCACAAAGACAACAUCUGUGCUUCAAGAUGGUGUUAUAGUCACUACUGCAGCUGGAAACCCACUUCAGAGCCAGCUGCCCAUUGGGAGCGAUUUCUCUUUUGCUGGCCAUGAACACUCGCUUCAUUUUCCGCAGAACAGCUCUUCAAACAACAAUCUUCCACAUUCUUUGAAUCAAAACCUCCUCAAUUCUCUACCUAUCUCUUUGCCAGUGAAUCAGCAACAUCUCCUAAACCAGAAUCUAUUAAAUAUACUCCAGCCUUCAGCAGGAGAAGGCAAGUCUGAGGUCAACCUCAACCCUUUAGGUUUUCUCAACCCGAAUGUAAAUGCUGCUUUAGCUUUUCUCUCCAGUGACGUGGAUGGGCAGGUAUUACAACCUGUUCAUUUUCAGCUUCUAGCAACCCUCCUUCAGAACCAAGCCCAAGCAGCUGCCAUGCUUCCCCUACCAUCUUUCAAUCUGACCAUCUCAGAUUUGUUGCAACAGCAAAAUAACCCUUUACCCUCAGUAACACAGAUGACAGCCCCACCUGACCAUUUGCCAAGCAAUCAGUCAGAAAGCAACAGGGUGGAGACCCUUUUAACCAACCCCCUGGGCAACCCUAUACCAAGCUUUUCAGGCACUGACACUACUUCUAACCCCCUGCUCCUCCCCGCUGUCUCUGGGGCCUCAGCAUUAAUGGCCUUGAAUCCCCAGCUGGUGGGAGGUGUCCUGAACUCUGCAUCGGGCAACACCGCUAAUCAUCCAGAGGUUUCCAUAGCCACCUCCUCCCAAGCAACCACUACCACAACCACUACAUCAUCAGCAGUGGCAGCACUGUCUGUCUCAACCCUGGGUGGUGGGACAGCAGUGGUGUCAAUGGCAGAAACAUUGCUGAACAUAUCUAAUAAUGCUGGGAAUACAUCUGGUCCAGCUAAACUCAACAAUAACUCUGUGGUGCCACAGCUACUUAACCCUCUACUGGGGACAGGUCUGCUUGGUGACAUGUCAUCUAUAAACACUACUUUGAAUAACCAUCAGCUGAGUCAUCUCCAGUCGCUAUUAAACAACAAUCAGAUGUUUCCUUCAAAUCAGCAGCAACAGCACCUUCUCCAGGGGUAUCAGAACAUGCAGGGCUUUCAAGGCCAGCCCCCAAUUCCUGGCCCAGCUAACAACCCAAACCCCAUGGCAUGUCUGUUCCAAAAUUUCCAGGUGAGAAUGCAGGAAGAUGCUGCUGUCCUAAACAAAAGAAUGAUCACUCAAAUGGGAAUGGCACCAGUUCCUGAGAGCUCCAACACUAUGCUUCCUCCUUUCCAAGAAACAUCUUGUGAUUUGCAGCAAAGAACUGAACCAUCUCUUGGACAACAGGCAAAGGAUAACCUCAAUGUCGCUGCUCAGGGUGAUACAUCGGUGGACGCUAUCUACAAAGCAGUUGUAGAUGCUGCAAGCAAAGGAAUGCAAGUAGUAAUCACCACUGCCGUUAGCAGUACAACACAAAUGAGUUCCAUUCCAGCUUUGAGUGCCAUGAGUGCCUUCACAGCCUCAAUUGGUGACCCAUUAAAUCUUUCUAGCGCUGUCAGUGCAGUAAUCCAUGGAAGAAACAUUGCCGUUUCUGAUCAUGAAGGUAGGAUAAGGAACACUAGAGGAACACGAAUACUGAAGAAUUCAGAGCACGGUAAAAAUUCAAGUGAAGGGGAUGGGUAUGAAUAUUACAAAUCAACAAGUUGUAACACACCCAAAAAACAGUGGGAAGGGGAGCAAAGUCCUGUCAGUGAGAUAAAUAGAUGGAAAUGCGAUGAGUUUCUAGACCACUCUACCCAUAUCCAUAGUAGUCCUUGUCACGAAAGGCCCAAUAACAUCUCCACACUGCCAUUAUUACAAGGCGAGCAGCAUCAGAUACUGUUAUCACAGCGAAACUGUCAAAGUGAUAAAAUGUUGGAGGAGAAUUUCAGGUAUAACAAUUACAAAAGAACUAUGAUGAGUUUUAAGGAAAGACUGGAGAACACUGUGGAACGAUGUGCACACAUAAACGGAAAUAGGCCUCAGCAGAACAGAGGAUUUGGGGAGUUGCUGAACACUUCUAAACAAGACCUGAUUCUGGAAGAGCAAUCUCCAAGUUCCUCAAAUAGCUUGGAAAGUUCGUUAGUUAAAGACUAUAUCCAUUACAAUGGAGAUUUUAAUGCCAAAAGCAUUAAUGGGUGUGUGCCUAGCCCUUCAGAUGCUAAAAGCAUCAGUAGUGAAGAUGACCUAAGGAACCCAGAUUCCCCUUCUUCAAAUGAGCUGAUACAUUACAGGCCGAGGACGUUUAAUGUUGGCGACUUGGUCUGGGGCCAAAUCAAAGGACUGACUUCAUGGCCUGGGAAACUAGUAAGAGAAGAAGAAGUUCACAAUUCAUGUCAACAAAACGCUGAGGAGGGGAAGGUCUGGGUAAUGUGGUUUGGUGUUCAUACCUUCACUCAGGUGGAGCCAGAGAAGUUGAAGACACUAACAGAAGGUCUAGAAGCUUACAACCGAGCCAGAAAAAGGAACAGAAAAAGUGGAAAGCUAAAUAACCAUUUAGAAGCUGCUAUACACGAGGCCAUGAGUGAACUAGACAAAAUGUCUGGGAAUGUCCACCAAAUCCCACAGGGAGACAGACAAGUGAAGCCUCCAAAACCCAAGAGGAGGAAGAUCUCUAGAUAACAUUGAAUGUCUUUGUUACUGGUCCAGUACUUAUCAAAAUGAACGUGCACUUAAGUCUAUAUGUAGGUAUUGAUAUAGACGUGGUUAUAUCAAUAUUUAUAUGAAGACAGAUAGAUACCAUCACAGGGUGCUACGCGGAUUAGUGGUACAAUAUUUUUGAUGAUUAGGAGGGAUAGCGGUUGCUGGAGAAGCCAAUCAGAAAUCGUGACAGGUUGCAGUAACAAUGUCAGAUGAUUACUGAAAUUUUUUUCUAUAAUACUAAAAUUGUGAUUAUAAGAAAUAGUCCAAAUGUUUCUGAGAAAUUUUCAUUGUGUAUAUAGAUAAUACAGAAUUUCAUGGUGAUAUCUGAAAUGUAAAUAUUGUACAAUAUUGUCAUGUACAAGCGUACCUAAUGCACACUUUAUCUUUUAUUGUACAAAAAAUAGUGUACAAAAUUCUUUGGUUUCUAUUGAGUACACAUACAAGAGACUACCAGUGUAAAGUGAUAAAUAAAAAUACAGCCUAAAUGCUUUUAUAUGAUAAUGUAAAAGAUGCUGUUUUUGUAUUUAACAGCAGAGAGAAGGCAUGAUUAUGUAAUACCUUAAUUAUGACAUACACUUCACGCCACUGAGUGUUCAUUGAUACUGUCUGUUUGGAAUGAACCUUGCCUGGAAGUACUGUACUCCAUUUCAGGUCUCUGUAGGAGAGUGCAACCUUGCAGAUUCCUAACGGGAUGUGGGAUCACAGCUCUAAUUAAUAAUUCAAAGGCUGCAACUAUCGGUUGCGUUUUUAUUUACUUAGCUUUUAAAGUAGAAUGCUGUAGAUUUUAUUAAAAAGAAAAAAAGUAGAUGGACUAUUUUAGUCAACCAUUUCUGUAGUUAAAGUUUCAUAGCCACCUGAUAAACUAAACAGUUUAUAUCCCCCGUAACGUUGACCCCUCAAAACCCCUAGAUUUAUUAGCGUAAAUUAUCUAACGUCAUUAACCAUCGUGUUUACUUUUAAGGGGGCAGAGGCCCUGCUUUAAUAAUGUGAUCAGUAUUGAUUACGGUUUGGUUUUGCAGUAGAAUGAAAGGGCAUGCUCCGCAGCGUUCGUAAAAGUAAUUCCAGUAUCCAUCUCGCAGUAUUAAAACAAAAAAAUUAAGGGUGGCUUACAAAACUAUUAGCAACAGUAAUUUUUAUCAGUAUUAUGUAACAUAUCAGAUUUAUUUUAUUUAAAAAGAAUUAUUUAUACCAUUAACAGAUUCUUAUAUAUAUUAAUGUGGCUGAAAUGUGCAGGUUAAAUCUAUUAACCAAAUUAUUUAUGUUAUAUUAAGUGAGAAAUGUGAAACAUAUGUAGAAAAAAUUAAUACACUACAGAUUUAAAAGUCUAAAGCUAUGAGCCAUUAUAAAAUUAACGAACGGAAGUGUAGCACAACAUUAUUUCCAUUUUAUUUCAUUUUUCUU